AUGUUGCGAUGGACAAGGGACACCUGCACUCCUCGGGCAUGGCAGAGAUGGCCUUCUGGUUGCAGCCGCGCCGGCCUCAUGCUCCCGUUGUUAAUGGAGGCGCCGACGGAGGCGACGACGGUGCGGACGGUGGAGGUGGCGAUGAUGGAUGCGACUUUCGCCGCGGAGAUUGUGGCCAUCGCCGUGGAGGCGGUGAUGGCCCUGACCGUGGCACUGAGGACCCCUGGAGUGGAGGCUGCGAUCCGUGGCCAGCUGGCCCGCUGCGCAAAAUGCUGCGGACUCGUGGCGGCAUUGUGGCUGAUGUCGAUGCGCAGGUGGAUCGGCUUCCGCUGGUACAUGCAUUCCCUGCGCUUUCAGUGCCUUGCGCUCGUGCAGUCCUUCGCGCUGAACGUCCCCCUGAUCGCUAUGGUUGUGGCGAUAUUCCUGAUGGUGCUUCUCUCCCUGGAGGCCCUGCGGAUAUUCAUGGUGGUGUUGAUCCUCUGCCUCGUCACGUUGAUGUUUGGCGCGAUCGUGGCGAUAUUCCAGGCGGUGUGGAUCUUCUGGCAUCCCUAG